AGCACACCAGAUAGAGGUUCUUCAGGGAGUUCACGACCAUGUCUAUCGAUUUCCCGAGAGAAGAGGAGGCAGUCCUCAAACGCUGGAAAGAAAUUGGGGCUUUUGAGCGACAAGUUGAGCUGUCUCGCGGCAGAAAACCGUACACAUUCUUCGAUGGACCUCCUUUCGCGACAGGUUUACCCCACUACGGCCACCUUCUGGCGUCUACGAUCAAAGAUAUCAUUCCCAGAUAUUGGUCUAUGAAAGGUCACUAUGUCGAGAGGAGAUUUGGCUGGGAUACACACGGUGUACCGAUCGAAUAUGAGAUUGACAAAUCUUUGGGGAUGUCUGGAUCCGAAGCGGUUGAGAAGCUCGGUCUCGCGGAAUAUAACGCUAAAUGCAAGGCAAUUGUUAUGAGAUUCGCUUCAGAAUGGAGACAGACUGUGGAUAGACUUGGUCGUUGGAUCGAUUUUGAUAACGAUUAUAAGACAAUGAACCCCACGUACAUGGAGUCUUUGUGGUGGGUUUUCAAGCAGCUUUAUGAUAAAGGAGUAGUUUAUCGCGGAUAUAGAGUCAUGCCAUAUUCUACUGCUUUAAAUACGCCCCUGAGUAAUUUCGAAGCCUCGCAGAAUUAUCAAGAUGUCCAAGACCCGGCCAUCGUUGUCUCUUUUCCACUCGUCAAUGACCCACAGACCAACUUACUUGCUUGGACAACCACGCCGUGGACACUUCCAUCGCAUCUUGGGCUUGCAGCCCACCCCGACUUUGAAUAUGUUAAGAUUCACGAUGAACAGUCAGGAAAGGACUACAUCUUGCUGGAGGCACUUCUGGGUACCCUCUAUAAAAACCCCAAGAAGGCGAAGUUUAAGAUUAUCGAUAGGUUCAAGGGCUCCACAAUGGAGGGAUGGAAGUAUACGCCGCCGUUUAACUAUUUCUACGAGGAGUUUAAGGACGUUGCAUUCCGCGUGUUAAUGGCGACAUACGUCACAGCCGAUAGUGGUGUUGGUGUCGUCCAUCAAGCACCUGCCUUUGGUGAGGACGACUACAAUGUUGCCUUGAAAGCAGGGAUUAUCAAUGACCACAGGCUACCACCAAAUCCAGUCGACAACCGCGGAUGUUUUACAUCGGAAGUUCCGGAUUUCGCGGGACUGCAUGUCAAGGCAGCGGACAAGGGAAUCAUUAAACACUUGAAGGAGGCUGGUCGCCUGGUGGUGGAGAGCCAGAUUACUCACAGCUAUCCAUUUUGCUGGCGAUCCGAUACCCCGUUGAUCUAUAAAGCCGUUCCAGCGUGGUUCGUUAAAAUUGAACCCAUCAUCCCAGAUAUGCUCAAAGGCAUAGAAGGAUCGUACUGGGUACCAUCUUUUGUGAAAGAUAGACGCUUUGCUAGCUGGAUCGCUAAUGCCAGAGAUUGGAAUAUUUCAAGAAACCGGUAUUGGGGAACACCGAUCCCCCUCUGGGUCAGUGAAGAUUACGAGGAAAUUGUGGCUGUUGGUAGUGUGGAAGAAUUAAAGGAGCUCAGCGGUUACACUGGCGAAUUGACGGAUCUUCACCGUGACAACAUCGAUCACAUUACUAUCCCAAGCCGAAAAGGAAAAGGUGUCCUGCGCCGCGUUGAAGAAAUUUUCGACUGCUGGUUUGAGUCUGGCAGCAUGCCUUAUGCAUCGAAGCACUAUCCUUUCGAGAAUAAAGAGGAGUUUCAGAACUCUUUCCCGGGUGACUUCAUUGCUGAGGGUCUCGAUCAAACACGUGGUUGGUUCUAUACCCUCACUGUCUUGGGUAUGCAUCUUUUUGGAAAGCUUCCAUUCAAGAACUGUGUUGUCAACGGGAUUGUACUUGCAGAGGAUGGGAAGAAAAUGUCCAAGAGAUUGAAAAAUUAUCCCGAUCCUACCUUGAUCAUGGAACGCUAUGGGUCUGACGCUCUUCGACUGUAUCUCAUCAAUUCUCCGGUUGUUCGCGCUGAGCCUUUGAGAUUCAAAGAAUCAGGCGUUAAAGAAGUAGUCGCCAAGGUUCUCCUUCCACUCUGGAACAGUUACAAGUUCUUUGACGGCCAAGUUGUCCUCCUAAAAAAGGUCGAAAAUCUCGAUUACGUCUUCGACCCGACUAUGGAAGCAACCAAUACCAACGUUAUGGACCGGUGGAUUCUAGCAAGCUGCCAGAGUCUUCUCAAGUUUGUCAACGAGGAGAUGGCCGGCUAUCGUCUUUACACUGUUGUCCCGCGACUCCUAGAACUGAUUGACAACACGACGAAUUGGUAUAUUAGGUUUAACCGGAAACGACUAAAGGGGGAACUUGGACUAGAAGAUACCAAACAUGCGCUGAACACUCUGUUUGAGGUUUUGUACACUUUGGUCCGCGGCCUCGCACCCUUCACUCCAUUCAUCACUGACACUAUCUACCUUCGCCUGCUCCCUCAUAUCCCCAAGUCGCUUCAAGGAGUCGAUAACCGCUCUGUUCACUUCCUGCCCUUCCCAGAAGUUAGAGAGGAGCUUUUUGACGAAGUUGUAGAGAGGCAGGUGUCUCGCAUGCAACGGGUGAUUGAACUUGCUCGCGUUUCCCGCGAACGUCGAUCGAUUGGGCUGAAGACACCUUUGAAAACUCUUGUAGUUGUUCAUCAGGAUCAACAAUACCUCGACGAUGUUCGCUCUCUUGAGCAGUACAUUGUCGAAGAGCUUAAUGUCCGCGACCUUGUCCUAUCGUCCGAUGAAGCGAAAUACAAUGUUCAGUACAGUGCCUCGGCUGAUUGGCCGGUCCUUGGGAAAAAGCUGAAGAAAGAUGUACAAAAAGUAAAGAAGGCACUGCCAUCCCUUUCAAGCGACGAUGUAAAGAAUUUCGUCCUUAACGGAAAGAUGCUAGUGGAUGGAAUCGAGCUCGUUCAAGGGGAUUUAGUAGUUAAACGAGGCUUAGAGGAGGAUGGUACCUCCGCAAACUUCGAGACCAACACAGACGAUGAUGUUCUCAUCAUCUUAGAUGCGGCUUUAUACCCUGAACUUGCUCAUGAGGGUCUCACCAGAGAGAUCGUUAACCGCAUCCAGAGACUGCGAAAGAAGGCCGGGCUCGUGCCCACAGACGAUGUUAAAAUGGAAUAUCGCGUUCUUUCCGACCCCGAAAACAUUGGAAUUAAUGAAGUCUUCGAGACGCAGGCAAGCAACAUCGAGAAGGCACUCCGAAGACCAGUGGACAAGCAUGUCGUGACCGAAGUCGAAGGCCAAGUCCCUGAUGCUCCAGAGGAGGGAAUCAUCCUGGAAGAAGUGCAGGAAGUCCAAAAAGCAACGUUUUUGCUUAGACUAUUGAAUCUGUAGAGAACCUAUGUCUUAUGGUUAUGUUUUAGAUAUGAAUGAAAUGUCUCUCCCAUAUUUC